GCGGCGGCGGCACCAAUGGGGGCAGGCGGGGUGGGCGGUGCCGCCGUUCAAACGCAGCGGCGGCAGCAGCGCGAGGAGACUCCUGUGGGGAGGCGGCCGCUCCGCUCCCGCCAAAUAAGGUGGACUAAGAACUGGAACAAGAUGGCGUCUGUACUCCAAAAUGUCAAGGCAACAAUGGCCUGGCGGAAACACCAGCUCCUAGCUGACUUUGAUGAGAACGAGAGCCCUGUACCCGACAAAUUCAAGAGAAGGGCUUCUUUGAGUUCUCUCAAUACCAUCCGCAUGUCUCUAAGGAAGCGAGUACCCUUAAAGCAAGUACAGCUGAAUUUUCAUAAGACCCCAACUUGGGAAAGUCUGGAAGCAAGACAAAAGUGCCAAACUCUUCAGAAUAUUAAAAGAACAGCAAAAAAUGCUUUUGGAACAGUGUCUCAGAAAAUACAGAAGUCUUGCCAAAGCCCAGUACACUCGAUGGUUACCUGUCCAGCUGAAUCCGUCAGCAGAAGCUGUGCAACCAGUUCUACCAAGCAAAGAAGUACCACACCUCGAACCCCUCGCCACAAGAGUGUUACUCCAGCAGCCAGUUCCAAAGGCACGCCAAGGUCGAGCAAAAGAGCCUUGCUUGGGCCAAGAAGGGUGUCAGAACACAGAGAAUGGAGGGGUUUCUCAUCCUGGCUUGGUAAAGAUGCUGUCUCUCUCCGGAGAUCAAGAAGAGCAGCAGCACUGAAGAGCCCUUAUUCAUCACCCACUCCUGCCAGCAGAAAGAUAGAGUUUGACCGUGAGUUGGAGCUGGUCUCCUCAGGGAUUUGCCAAUUGAAGGAUAUCUCCCAGACAUUUGAUGAUGCCAUUGUGCAAGAGGAGAGGCAACACGCAAUAUCGAACUACUACUAUCUAAUGGCACAAAACUUACAGUCUGCGCGUCGAUCUCGGAAACUUUCUCAAGCUAUUGGAAGGAGAGCAAAGAAACUCCAUCGAGUACUUGGUACCUAGAGAGAGAUGGCUGUAACUAUUGUUAGUUUAUGAGCAUAUAUAAAGGAGAGCUCUGUGUAGCACUUGAAAGAGUGCACUCUGGACGUGGAACAAGCCAUUAUGUUUUAUGAUCUUUCUUGACAAAGCAGCUCAGGACUUCCCUUCCCUUGCUUUCUCUUUUCAAACAAACAAGAGAAUCAAAAUUGGACCAUCUUGAAUGUGGCUUUCGUAGGGCAGUAAGUACUUUCAAACUUCUGUUGAUCUGACCAGUAGGAAGGGCUUAUGGUGGGUGAUCAUGGGUCAUAGUAGUAUUUAGACUGGUAUCCAAUUGCCAUGAGUUUUAGUAUGAGUCCUUUGCAUACUAAAAGUACUGGUCCAUUAUUUUGAAAGCCUAACAUUUUUUUUCUGCAUAUGAACAAACCCAAAGUUAAGCAUCAUGUUUAACUGGAAGUUAAUGAAGUGGCUUGUUGAAUUCUGACCACAACUGACAUUCCAAGGCAAUGGGUUGCUGUGGAGUCACGCACUAGAGAGGAGCCACAUUAGGUCCCUAAUUCAUGGCCUUAAGGAUUGCUAUUAGAUUAGCCUAACUAAUCCUAUCUUAAGUGUCCGGGUUCCAGACAAAACAGAGCAACUUUAUGUAAUUUCUUGCUGCUGCUUUAAAUAGCAACUUGGUGAUUGAGUUAAGCAUUACUUUUGUACUACAACAUCUGUCUUUUACUUAUACACAGACUACAAAUUACUUUUUACAGCCAUAACACUGGUUACUACAGUUAAUGUAAACUCUUACAACUACUCUUAUUAGCUAAUACCACAGUGCAAGUAUUUUAUUUGAAGUAUACUAAGCAUUUCAUACCUGUAUUUUGCUACUAAUAACUUUUUUUAAAAAGUAACAAUCAUUUGACAAGCCUUUUUUGGUAGGUGAUGCAGUUCAACAAAGUUUAGUCCUUCAAACUAAAGAAAAGAUUUCUCAGGCUCUAGAGUUCAACACCAGGGCUGUUUUCCAGCUGGUAGCAGCUUUGUGCAGGCUUCUCAGAUUACAUUCACUCCAAAAUGAACCUUCAAAGAAAAGAUUUGGGAAACUUUGCGCUGCUUGGUAAUUUCUAAGAUGCACAUGUAAUUUAGUAAAACUGGAACUACUAAAAUUUUAAUAGUAUUAAGUAUAAAUAUGGGCAGCAGUCAUGUUCAAUUCUGAUUUAUGUGUAAGUACUGAUUUUAAACUUGCUUCUGAUUUUUCUUUUUUCCUGUCAAACUAGACUGUUUUGAAAUAUUGAAACAGUUAGUGAGGCCUGGAAACAUGAAAACAACCCUGACCUCUAGGCUUUCAGAUGACUGAGAGCUUUAGCUUGUGUUAUUUCUUGAUGUAGUUUUUGUAUGGUGUGUCUCGUUUGUUCUUUUUUGAAACUCCCGUUCUGUAUGUAACACUAGCUUGAAGUUAUUCUUUGCAUGUACUGAAAAUACUUCUAUAAAGCUUUCACAAAGA